AGAUAAGCUGGAAUUUGUAAGCCGUCGGAUCGCUAUCCCGCUCUGGUCUUGACGGUCAGGAUCUCUCGAGCCAGGAUACUCCAAUCAAAUCCCCUGUUUGUAGAGAAAGAGCGCACGCCCAGGAGGAGCAUAGCUAUGGCGUCGGCUCUUGCUGCCUCGUCCUUCACGGGCUGUGGCGUCCGCGAUCUCGUGGGCUAUGCCGCUGCCUCGUCGACAUCACAGGUCGCGUCACGGAGCAGCGGCAUUGUAGCGCGAUUUGGACUCGGGAAGAAGAAGGGUACCAAGAAGGUGACCAAGAAAUCCUCCUCGUCGGGCGAUGCAAAUCGCCCGCUGUGGUUUCCGGGGGCGAAAUGCCCAGACUACCUCGACGGAUCGCUGGUGGGCGACUAUGGAUUCGAUCCACUUGGACUUGGUAAGCCCCCAACCUAUCUCCAAUUCGAUGUGGAUUCGCUGGAUUCGAGCCUCGCCAAGAACAUGCCUGGCGAGCUCCUGGGCGAGCGUGUCGAGGAUCUGUCGACAAUCCGGGCCACUCCCCUCCAGCCUUACACGGAGAUCUUUGGACUCCAGAGGUUCCGCGAGUGCGAGCUCAUCCAUGGCCGCUGGGCAAUGCUUGCGACCCUUGGCGCGAUCGCGGUGGAGACUUUCACUGGCGUUACUUGGCAAGAUGCUGGCAAGGUGGAAUUGGACCAAGGGCCCAGCUACUUUGGAUUCUCUCUGCCAUUCACCAUCACCGCGCUGGUGUGGAUCGAAGUCCUGGUGAUUGGAUUCAUUGAAUUCCAAAGAAACACGGAGCUCGAUCCAGAGAAGCGGCUGUAUCCUGGCGGGAGCUACUUUGAUCCGCUUGGGCUGGCGGCGGAUCCCGAGAGGAAGGAGGUGCUAAAGCUGGCGGAGAUCAAGCACGCGAGGCUGGCGAUGGUGGCGGCGUUUGGAUUCGCUGUGCAAGCGGCAGCCACGGGCAAGGGGCCACUCGACAAUUGGGUCACUCACUUGAGCGAUCCCCUUCACACCACCAUCAUCGACACCUUCUCCAAGUAGAAAUCUUUCAAUAAAGAGUGAGAAAGAAGACUGGUAUAGCUCGCUCUUCCUUUGGCUAAUCGAAUCGACCAAGACCAAUCAAUCGAAAGGAAGAUAAAAGAACGUUUGUGAAAAUGUUAACAAUUAUUAAACUUAAUGCUUAUAUCAUUAAAUGCUAAGAA